AGAAGAAAAGGAUGGACGAGAAGACGCUCUUCGUGGAGAACAUCAAGGCCAGAGUGGUGGAAAACGCGAUGAAAUACCGCGGCGACAGUCUGCAGAGUUCCAUCAACUGCAGCCUGCGAUUUGCAAGAGAACAUGCCGAGUACGAAGAUUUGGAUGGAAAAAAGGGCAUCACCAGUCUGAUCUACGAGAUGAACGAGUUCUACGUGGAGAUGGCGAACAGACUGCGCGUUCUUAGCGAGGAUUUCGGACGUGACGAAGACGACGACGAUAAGAAGGAAGCGCAGUUUGUGGAAGAGGACGCCGCAAGCGUCUUCUCCGAGGAGCUGGUGGAUUCGCUGCAGCGGUACGGCGACCCCGACCAAAUUCGGAAUCAGAUUGAAGAGAUCAGGAGGCUCGAGGAGCAGGUGGCGCACAGCUUCAAGCAGCUGGAAAGGGAGAAAAGCGAGCGGAAAUUGGUGGAAAACGAACUGUGCGAAAUGCUGAUGGCCGAAGGAGUCGAAGACAAGGACGCGCAAAUCUUCCUGCGGAUGUGUUGCGCGAGAAAGACGGAAAAAGUUCAAAGGACGAAUAAAGAUGAAGAAAAGGAAGAAGCUGCAGAUGCAGCGGCAACGACGAGGCGAAAGGGCGACUUCGAAACGAAAUUCAUCAGGCGUAACAUGGACUUGGCGAGGAAUAUCAGGCCGAUGGUGAGCUUCAGCAUCACCGACGAGGAAAAGAUCAAGCUCGAGUCGUUGCUCUCCGAUCUGGAAAUCAUCGAGAUGGCGGGCGAAACAAAUGCACGUGAUGCCUUCGCGAUGGGAGUCGUGGAUUCGAAUCGCCUCGAAGAACUGGAACUUGAAUUGAAUUCUCUUAAAGUCGAGAACGACGAUUGCGUCCAGUGUUGUUUCGAGGUGAUUGAGGAAAACGAACGCGAAGGAAAGUUCUGGAAGACGGAGCAACGGCUGCGAAAAAUCGACGAGGAACUUAGGAGUUUUCAGGAGGAACGAGAGAAGCAGCAGCAGCAGCAGAUCUUCGAGUCGGUCGAGCAAGAAGAGGAGAUCGACUGCGAGGAGGAUCAUCAGCAAAAAGAGGAAAUCCGCACCGCCGACAACGAUCAACAAAUAAACAAUUAAAACAAAUGUAACUGUCGUCGCCAACGGAAGAACAAAAUUAAACAAAAAAAAAAUCAAGUUGUUACUC